CAAACACAGUCUCCUCUGUUAAGAGUGGAAGACAUACAGAGAUACGAUUCAUUCACCACAGCAUUUGAAGCACGAUGACACCUCCAAACUUUGCUUGGUACAUCACAUGUCUGUUUGUGGCAAAUAUGGCUCGUACGGCAACUUUAAAACAAUCAUCAUUACAUUUUCAAUCAGAUAAUGUUGGGGAAAGUGUGACUCUGUCAUGCGUCUGUGAAGAUAAUAAUGCAGUGAUGUUUUACUGGUAUAAACAAACUCUGGGACAGAAACCAAAGCCGGUGUCUACAUUCUAUGUGCAUAAUAAUAACGGCACCUUUAAUGAUGAAUUUAAGAACAAUCCACGUUUCUCACUGGAUACUAAAAACGGUAAACAUCACUUGAAGAUUUCAGAUCUGCAAAUUUCAGACUCAGCUUCUUACUACUGCGUAGGGAGCAAUUUAAUUAGCUUUGAAUUUUGCGAGGGCACUACGGUCAGUGUAAAGGGUUCAGGUCGGAACAUCCCGGCUUUUGUCAAGCGUUCAGCAUCUGAGACCGUCCAGCCAGGAGGCUCUAAGACUCUGAACUGUACAGUACAAACUGGGACCUGUGAUGGAGAACACAGUGUUUACUGGUUCAGAAACUCUGAAGAAUCUCAUCCAGGACUCAUCUACACCCAUGAAGGCAGGAAUGAUCAGUGUGAGAAGAAAGCCAACACACAAACACACACCUGUGUCUACAACCUGCCAGUGGAUAGCCUGGAUCCGUCUCAUGAUGGGACCUACUACUGUGCUGUUGCCUCAUGUGGACACAUACUGUUUGGAAACGAGACCAAGCAGAACGUUGACGAUAAGGUGGACUCUCUUGUCUUGGUGUAUAUCUUGAGUGGAGCUUUGGGAUUCACUAUCAUCCUGGUUGUUUUACUGGCUCUCUUAGUGUACAAGAUGAACCAAAGAAACUGCCAAUGUACAGAUAACGGAACAUUUGCAGCGACUUCUACUCCAAAUACAGCGUUAUGUCAAGACGCAGAGAACCUUCAUUAUGCUGCUUUAAGCCACGGCAACAGGUCAAGAAGACAGAGGGACAACACCAUGACUGAAUGUGUGUACUCCGGUGUAAGGCAGUAGCACUGGACUAACUCGGUCUCACGGGAAGGCGUAGAAAUACCACGACAUUACAUGGACGUUCACUCAUGUAACUUACAAAACCAAAACACCAGUCAACAACGGUCUCGAACACGAGUCACCUGGUUAAAACUCCGGUGUUUGUUGGGCCCAUCCACGUCCCCACCUGCCCAUCAUAAGUUGUCUUUCUCGCUUUUUAUAUUACGUUGCUAACUCUUACCGUUGCAUUUAUACGAUGAUGCAUUUACAUUGCAGUCAAUACAGGAUACAUGGCUUACAAAUGACGUGCGAAGGGGCUGGGACAUGUUUCUGUGCUUUGUUUCUGUACCAAAAAAAAAUUGUAACACGAACGCUUCAAUAAAUAUAAAGGCUUGUCUUGCAAUAAAAGCUCUUCUACUG